AUGCAAGCAGUGGAUAACGAAGAAACAAACAACCCCAAAUCAGCUGUGACUCCGGAUUUAGGAACUAAUAUAAUCGUAACCGGUUAUCAUCAAGUGACUCAUCAAUACGCGGUGUCAGAUUUUGCAGUUGGUGGUAGAUGUAAGUGUAAUGGGCAUGCAAGUCGAUGUAUUGCGGGUCGUGAUGGACAAUUGGCUUGUGAAUGUAAACAUAACACGGCGGGUAGAGACUGUGAACGAUGUAAGCCUUUUCAUUUUGAUCGACCCUGGGGCAGAGCUACUACAAGAGACGCCAACGAAUGCAAAGGUAGGAACAAUUUUACAUAA